AGUUGCAUCCCCAAACAGUCUCUGGCACAUGGACAGCCACAUGAAGUUGAUAAGAUGGGGAUUUACUGUUCAUGGAUGUAUUGAUGGAUUCUCGCGUCUUAUUCCAUAUUUAAAUUGUGCAUUGGAUAACAAAUCAUUCACAGUUUUAAAAGUUUUUUGCAAGGCUGUUGUGAAGUAUGGCUUACCAUCUCGAGUAAGAUCAGAUCAUGGAGGAGAAAAUACUCAAGUAGCACUACUCAUGAAUAUCCUGAGAGGACUGCAGCGUGGUAGCCAUAUUACUGGACGAUCAGUACACAACCAAAGAAUUGAAAGGCUUUGGAAAGACGUAUUCUCACAGGUCAUUGAACCAUUUUACAAGGAAUUCUAUGAAAUGGAGGAUCUUCGUAUUCUGAAUCCAGACAAUAAUGUACACAUAGCAUGUCUUCAUUUAGUGUACCUUAAUGAAAUUAACAAACGACUUGAACUAUUUAGAAAUGGUUGGAAUAUGCACAGAAUUAGAACAGAAGGAAACCGAACACCAGAACAGAUUUGGUCAGAUGGGCUUCUCAUCACAAAUUCUGCUCCAUCAGAUGCUACUAUUGAACAGCUUUUAUUAGAAAACUUACAAAGAAUUGGGGGGCCAGCUUUAAUUUCUUCUGAUGUGACUGAGGAAGAAGAGUCAUCCAACACAUUAAAUUUAACUAAUCAGCAGAUGGAAAUGCUUUCUGCUGAAUUUCAGCAUGGAGAUGGAUUACAGGAUAACUAUUCUCGAUGUGUCCGUUGUGUUGUUCAGCUUUUACAAUCUAAUGCAGACAGCACUGCAUCAUCAGCUUAACAUCAUAUUGGAAAAAGAAUUAAGAGAGUUGUCAACCAUGAUUUCAUUUUCAGUUUUAGUAUUAUUGGAAGAACCCUAAACAUAUAAUUUCAUGUUCCAUUUUUUUUAUAAUUUUCUAUG